GGGUCUUUCUAUAAAGAGAUACACAAUUGCGCGUGCGUCAAUUUGCUAGUUGUUCUUCUUGACACGCAAAAUUCACCCCGCUCUGGUUUUAGCGAAUCWAMAUUUUUCAGAAUGCAGCAAGGCAACAAUCCAAGGCCAUCUUAUGGCGCCCCACCACASAAGAGGUUCAGGAACGCUAAUGGAGGGGCUAACAACAGGAGAAAGCAGCCUAACUUCUCUGCUGACAUAGUGUUCACCACCAAGGCGGGAAAUGUCCAGACCAUCCCCUCCUUGACCAAACAGUUAAAGGCCAUCACUGGUGAGACUGUCAUUGGUCUUCAGUAUGUGUGGGAGUACCGCAGCCCCAGUAAGUCAGUCCCGCCCCAUUACCAGUGUAAACUCUGCAAGAAGGUAAGCCGUCUGCAGACUGACAUGCUGGCUCACAUCAAGGGCUGGAAGCACUCCUUCAGAUACAUGAAGCAAAAUCAUUCUGCCAAGGUGCCCUUUGAGGAAGAUGCUGCCACAAAGGACCAUGAAGUGARGAAGAAGGUGAAAAAAGCAGCAGCAGAGCUGGAGAAGGCAGAGGGCAGGGGACAGCUAAAGGUGAUUCUGAAGGAGCCCAGUGAGGUGCAAGCGUUUGCAGGACUACGUUCAGCAAUCCCCAACAUGGGGCCACCAGGAGGGAUGGGAGGGCCAGGAGGAAUGGGAGCUAGAGGACCAAAACCAGGUGGCAGGUUUGCAGAGCCUCUGUUCCCAGGGGAGUUCCCUCUCCAAGGCGGCGGCCUCAACUACCCCAUGGGUGGUAUGGGGGGCUACUCUGACCCCMUKUCUCGCUCCACUCCCUCUACAGCCUUCCAGAAAAGGGACAUGAGCUUCCGAGGCUACCCUGACAAUACAGGGGGGCAGAGGCUGGGGGGUUCAGCCGAUGGCUUUGGGCUGGGAAGGGACGGAGGCUUUGGCCAGGAGGGGCUGUUGGGRGAGAGUCCGGGAAGCCGCUACCCUGAUGAGUUCAGAGGGGGACAGAUGGGAAGUGGAUCAGGCCAAGGGUUGAUGGGAGCUGUACCUGAAACCAGCAGCCUUCCGUCCACACUGCUCAAAUACCUGGACAAUUUCCAGAUCGAGAACGAGGGUGAUGCUCAGAUCGUGCUGAAGGUGACACAGAAGCUGACGGAUGUCCUAAUGGACUACAGACUUAGGAGUGUUUCCUCGCAGGGUCCUAGUAUGAAGAGCGGUUCGUCGCUGGGCUCCAUGAGCUACUCCGAUUCUCCCAGAAUGUCUAGCGGUAGUGACCGCUUCUCAGGUGGCUUCUCUGGGAAMCUYUCCGGCCCUUCCAGAUACUCUGAUGGUCCAUCCAGGUACUACAACUAA